GUCGACAUAAAUGCAUAUAUUUGCAAGGAAACAACAAUCAAUGAAGUUAAAAAUAAAUCAGAAUCAAAGAGUACAUAUCUACACUAAAAAGAGUGAAUAACAAUCCAGUGAAAAAAAUCACAGUUGUAGAGUUUUUAUAGCUGCAUCAUAGCUAUGGUGACUAGUCAUCAUAAGUUCACCAAACACUCUGUCCGCAACAUCUGUAUCAGUUUGUACCCGUUGGUAGUGAUGUUCGACCAGUCUGCAGUUUUCGUCACCACCAGGUCCGUUCGGAGAAACUGGAUGAGAACUUUUCAAGCUAAGAUUGACAUUGUGUUCCUUCGACCGUAUUGAGAAAUAUCUGAGGAUGGAUACAUAUCAGAUAAAUUUAUCUUACCUCUGGUGAACAAUUCCUUAUCUUAGCUACACUGAAUAUGUGAACUAGGGAGGGAACAAUCACAGAGUUGGAGAAAUUCCAUAGAUUAGUCUUCUAUAUAUUCCACGAUAGAUUUCAGGAAUUGUGUAACUUCCAAAUCACCUGUCACAUUUUCUCUUCUGUAAAAAGCAAAUAUUAUACAAGUGACUCUUAUCUAUCCAUUACAACCAACUGAAAGAGAUAAAAUCUUCAAACUUUAUACUUCUUUGAUUAAGUUAGCCAGGAAUAUUCUCCUCGUGAGUGGAUCAAAUGCUUAUUACAUCUGUGAAACUUAUACACAUGUUAACUUGUUCCCUUCGGCUAAAAAAUAUAAUGUCUAUUCGCUUUUAUUGUUGUUAUUUCAAAGCCCGCCUCAGUAACGUACGACACGUAUUAGCCGCAACGUUUACGCAAAGGAAAGUCUACCAAUCACAGUGUGCGUAAGUGACCUUCAAGUGCUCAGCCUCUCCGUAAGCCAUUUGUGCCGCUAUCCUCUGUCUUUGUGCUGCCGUCCUCUGUAGACAGGGACUAUGAUGUUGCAAUCGAGUAUUUUGUGUGAUGGUGAUUGUGUAGAUUACGGAAAUAAGCACAUUUGGUUCGUUUAUGUGUUUCCCUCUAAUACUUUGCAGGUCUAGUCUUCUUGAUGAAGCUACUCAUAAAGCUGCAGUGGCGCUAUCACGUUCCAAAACGCUCAUUGUUUUGGGAGAUGAGGAGUGCGGAAAAAGCACUCUUAUUGCCCGACUACAAGGGACUCAUGAUCAGAAAAAGGGAUAUGGACUGUACUUCACUGUGUUAGAUAUCAAGGAUGAAGAGAGGGAUGAUCAGACGGAAUUAAAAGUAUGGUUAUUGGAUAGCCAUGCUGUUCACAACCAACUUUUUAAAUUUGCAGUUGAUGCAGAAUCUUUCGGGGAUUGUUUCGCUAUGAUAUGUGUGAGCAUGGCGGAACCGUGGAAGAUAAUGAACAGUCUUGAAGAGUGGGUCACUGUUCUCAGAAAGCUUAUCGACCAGCUGAAGAUUCCAGAGCAGAAGCUUCAAAAGUGCAAGGAUAACGUUUUGCGCCAUUUCCGUGGUUACCUGGAGCCAGACGUACUAGCCAAGAAAAGUCAUGUUUCCUCUAUUUCCAUGUCUAAAAUUGAACACUCUGAUACGAAGCCAGCUGACACAGCGAGAAAACUAACUCGAGUACAUCCUGCAACAGUUGCUUUGAUCUCAAAUACUUUGCGCGAAGUACCUGAUAAAAAUUCGGAAUCUGCAGUGGAGUGUGUUGAAACUUCUUCAGAGUCAAAUUCUAAUGAGAAUACUUUGUGUAACAACUUGGGUAUUCCAAUAGUUGUAGUUAUAACAAAGGCUGACACUAUGAACAAUUUGGAAAAACAACACAAAUUUACGGAAGAAUACUUUGACUUUAUUCAGAUGCAUGUUCGUCGCUUUUGUUUAUCUUAUGGAGCAGCUUUGUUUUACGUGUCAGUGAAAGAUGAUAAGAAUUGUGAUUUACUAAAUCGUUAUCUUCAAAGUCGUAUAUAUGGCUUUCCUUUCACUCAAACAGCUUAUGUCGUUGAAAGGGAUUGCAUUUUUGUUCCAGCUGGAUGGGAUAAUGGAAAAAAGAUUGGAAUUUUGCAAGAAAAUCUUACUGAAAUUAAACCUCUUAGUCUUUAUUCUGACGUAAUACCACAGCCACAAAAAGAUACAGCCGUUCGUGAAUUGGAAGUGGCUAUCCAAGAUGAUCAGACAUUUCUAACACGCCUCAUGGUAAAUUUACAAAGGGAUGGCGCGCAACCAAAUUCACCUGUCCCUGGUAGUCCAGAUUCUGUUACGGAUCAAAUAUCAACACCGACUGCUCUAUUGAAUUCACCUGCAGUUGUUGGAAAUCGAUCAGUUUCUGGAUCACCCCGUACAUCUGCGAGCAGAACAAAGCCUGUGACAACUGGUGGUGGACCUACACCGACUGCCGGUACAGGGACUGGGGCAUCUGAAGGUGUUCUAGCCAACUUCUUUAACAGUUUGCUUAGUAAACGUGGAACUGGUGUCAGUUCAAAUAUCUCUUUAAACUCUUCAGGUUCGUUAGACAGAUCAUCCAUGUCUCAGAAAGAUAUUCAGUCUGAACUGGAAAGACUGGCACGUGGUUCUCGUGAAGUUUCAAAUACAACAGAUUGUGCUAUUGAACAACUGGUGAAUGAAAGCCAACAAAAAUUGCAAGUGUCUAAAUCUUCUGAAUCACCUAAAUUCUCAUCAAGAAAUAAUGCAUCAGAAAACGCAAAUGAAGCUUAGGUGUUUAAUUCAGCUUCCCUUACACAUAUAUGAAUUGUCACCCUAUAACCUUCAUCACAACGAAUUUUGUGUUAUAAAAUAAAAGUUUUCUUCAUUCAUCAAGU